CGUCGCGAUGAGCGUCUGAUGGCUUGGAGUGCGAGAAGUUCAUAUGUUUGCGGCGUGGUCUCAUUUUGUUGGUAAUCUAAAGCAUUUAAUCGAACCGGCUUGCAAUGCAGAGUUCCUCAUGACUCAUGAUGCGUCGUCAUCGCUGUGAUCAGUUCUUCCACUUCCUUUGGCGAUGGUGACGAAGACUUUCGCCGCGUCGUAGAUACGGGGCGCUACGCCGCCAUUCAUGCUUUACAGCCAUCAUCCCAGUGUGAUAAAUUGUGCAUUCCAUUCUACAAUAAUUUACACAAAAUUGAUCAAGCAGGUCUUCGCGCUUACACCCACUACCUGAAGGCUUUUGUCGGCAAAUUUUACGGUCUUUGUUAUUUUUAAUACUGUUUGCUCUCCACGGGACAUCAUGACAAACGGGUCAACGUUGGCGACGUGUUUCGCCCACUUCCUGCUAGCGAUCGUCACGGGCUGGUCGUUGAAGCAUAUUGCUUCCACAGGUAGUGCCCCGUUCGUGCUAGUUUUGCUCUUGCUCAUACUAGCGCACUGCUUGCUCGGCAUACUGCGGUUCACUCAUCCUCAACCGCAUCCAAUUCUGCGCAAAAUGUACGAUCGAUGUGUGUUGCUGGUUAAGGUAUGUUCGCUGCCUCUUUUGAAUAUUCAGCUGUUCCCACAACAUGAACCUGCCGGUGGUCACGUUUCGGUUCUUACCAAUCACCACUACCUUACGACUGCUUUUCUCGGUUCGGCCCUGAUCGCUUUCCUGUUCGGUUGCAUAUUUAGUGAGCUAAGUAAACGCCACUUGGGCGAUUACGUCGCUACCGGUAUGCUGCUGUUCAAUGCGAUUGCCCUUGCCAUUAUCUCGACCUUAACCACCAACUAUUGGGGUAUAGGAUUAGUGUUAUCGAGCGUUACGAAACACUUCACACUGCAACGGCUGGCAGACCAUUUCAAUGUACCCUUUAUCGACCUGUACACAUAUGGGUUAAUAUUUUAUGAAAUCUUUACCGUGAACGCCGUGAUACAUUCGCAUCACUAUCCCACAUACUCAAUGAUACAGUGACUCGAGGUCGAACUGGUCUGCCAAAGCAUUUCCAGAUUAUUCAAUCGUACCCAUUUUCCUUGUGGUGACAAAAAUUAGGGAGAAAGAACUGAUUACAACCGAGCUAUUGUGUAAACCGGUUUGGUGCCCCCUUAGAACCUUAGUAGAAAGUCGGAUGGAUAUGGGAGCCUUAAUGAUAGACAUGUUGACAAUGGAUCGCUAGAACUUUUAUACGCAAACUUUUUAUUAUAUACAACAAAGCCAACAUACAAAGUUAUUAAGCGUACAGAAAAUGCUACCAGACACGAAUGUUUCUCCGUGUGAAAUAACGGUUUACUUGAAUUUGAGCGUGUAUAUACAACAAAUUCAGCAUUGCUGUACUGUUGCA